AUGGCUAACGCGGUUUUUAAUGUUGCCGUAUUCUUCGUUGUGUUCAGAGAGUGUCUCGAAGCAGUCUUGGUUAUUGCAAUCCUACUGUCAUUCGUCGACCGGGCCAUUAAGUCCAGUGAUGCAUCCUUGGGAAAACGUCUAAAGACUCACAUUUGGGUUGGUGUCGGGUUAGGUUUCCUAAUCUGUCUGAUAAUUGGAGGUGCUUUUAUUGGAGCCUACUAUUCGCUUAAAAAAGAUCUAUUUGGAAGUGCAGAAGAGCUAUGGGAGGGUUGUUUCUGUCUCAUCGCAUCAAUUAUGAUUAGCAUGAUGGGUCUUGGUAUGCUGCGCGUCCAAAAAAUGCAAGAGAAAUGGCGAGUGAAAAUUGCAAAGGCUCUGGUGGAUGUUCCGUCGCGUAAACGGGAUCGGUUGAAACUUGGGUAUUGGGGUAAGAAAUAUGCACUAUUUUUGCUGCCUUUCAUUACCGUUCUGCGUGAAGGUCUAGAGGGUGUGGUGUUCGUUGCGGGCGCCGGUAUGUCGACCAAAAAUGCCAAGGCAUCGUCGUAUCCUCUUCCAGCCGUUGUAGGUCUUUUAGCAGGCGGCUUGGUUGGCUUCCUCAUGUAUUAUGGUUCCUCGCGCUCCUCGUUGCAAGUCUUCCUAAUUGUAUCCACGUGUUUCUUGUACCUCAUAGCUGCCGGCUUAUUCUCCCGGAGUGUUUGGUUCUUUGACACAUAUACCUACAAUAAAGCCACUGGUGGUGAUGCCUCUGAGUCUGGAAGCGGCAAUGGUUCUUAUAAUAUCAAUAGAGCCCUAUACCACGUGAAUUGCUGUAACCCGGAGCUCGACAAUGGCUGGGACAUCUUCAACUCUCUACUAGGAUGGCAAAAUACUGGCUACUACUCUAGUGUUCUAGCAUACAUCUUCUACUGGGUGUUCUUCACCAUAUUAGUGCUACUCCUGAUCCAUCAAGAACGCUAUGGCCAUUUACCCCUAAUUAAAAAGAAGUUCACAGACUUAAAGCCUCGCUUCUUCCGCAAGAAGCAACUUGACAAUGCCGAAAAAGAACAGUUAUUUAACAGAAUCGACCACCUCGCAAUUACAGAUGAAGGAAUUGUCGAGACGAGGGCAACUAACGUUUAG